UCUUCAGAUUUUAGCCAUUUUGAGGACAUUUUGCAAUAGUUAAAUAUAUAUGAUCCUUUUUUCCAUAUUUCAGAUCUGUGUAUUAGACCAAACCAUGGAGUUCUGGCCCGAGAAUCAGGGACAGACGCCUCUAUACUCCAAAUUUGGUACUGUCCCUGGGAGAAAUUGUUCACAUAACUACCAUGACAGACAUCAGGUUCCCCAUUAUCCACUGUACUACGGUGAGCAGCAGGAUCAAGGCAGGGAGUCCAGUUACUGGACUGUACCAGGAUCGAGAACAGGAGGGGCUCCGCAGGAGUACACUAACUGGACGGACCAUGAGCUGACCACCCCUUCUUCUUCUCACUUCCCUUUUAUUCUGGACCGUCACGCUCAGCAGCAUCAGGACCUGGGAGACUAUCAGCUGCAUGAAGCCAGAGACAGAGAGUGGACAGCAGCUCAGCGAGCGGCGAGGGAAUAUGAGCGAGGACUUCUGAGGGAGGGAUGGCAGAGGAGGUGGGAGCCAUGUGGUCCUGUCCGCUACAACAGGGAAGUUUCUGCUAAGAGGAGCGACAGCAGCUAUAGAGAGCUUGAGGCUUGGGCAGCUCGAUACAGCCAUUCCCUUCCAAGGAGGAGACGUAUAGAGGCAGAGCUGAGGGGUGCCUCUCAGGGACUGUUGGAGAGCAGCAGGGCUCCAGAGAGGGACAGCAGGAGUGGGACAGAUCCUCGAGUGGCAGCGCUGCAACAAGUCAGACCAUCUGCAAGCAUCAGAGAGUCAGGACUGUGGGAUAGAGGGGGCAGACAGCAAGCUCCAACCUAUUAUCCAUCACAAACUCCUGCCACUGACACAAGUCACAUGCUGGACAUAAAAGAAAAGACCGGCUACCAGCGGAGGGUGUUCAGCCAACCUCCUGGCUAUAUUGCUCCUCCUCCCUAUGACAGCCCACAUAAAGGUUCACCCAUGCUGCAACACUGUGACACCAGUUGGGAGCAAGAAGGUAAGAGACAAGCCCACUGGUCACAGCCCGCACUCAGAAAGCAGGAUGCCUCUGUAGCUCUAAAGGAUCACAGAAAAGAAGAGAAAGAGGAGUUUACAAAGCCAGAUGUGAAUCAAAAAAUCUUCACAGAGCUUGAAGGACUAAAGCAGCGACGACAGGAAACAGAUACUUUAUUGGCAAGCAGUCCUUUGAGUAUCCAGGACACACAUAUACAGCAUGAGGGUACGCUGUCUCUGCAACAGCCACAAGUGUUACAAGCAGUUGAGAAUAAAAAGAUAAAUGAGGAACCACUCUCAAAAGUGAUUGAAGGAAGGAAGUUCAGAUUAAACAAAAAGGCAGGUGGGAUGACCAUAUUCUGCUUGGUGUCUCGAAUAGCAGGCACCACAGAAAGUCCAUCCUUGCCAAUUUGUAUGUCGCAAACAAACAUUCAAAACAAAGAAUUGGGAGGCGUUUCUCAAGGUCUAAAAGACAGUAGUGGCAUUAAUCAAACACACAAACUUGCAGAUGAGGUAGACUUCAGAGCGCCACCACUCACAGACCAGUCAAACACUGCUGAUGCUAGAAACGUCAAAGCCAAACAGGAGGAGACACCAACUUGUGUAGAAAGUGAGAUGCUUGAGGAUAAUCUAUCAAACAAAGCAGAUGUUGUUUCCCCAGAAAAAGCAAAUACAAAUGAUGCUGAUUCUACAUUUGGGAGACAAGUUGCUCAGUCAGUGCAGCCUGUGUCAGUCAAAUAUCCUUUGUGGAGGGAGCCUAGUAUCACAAGCAGGGUUGAAGCUGAGAGUUCAGCCACAUGUUUGAAGGAAAACAGCAAGGAAGGAGAAUCAGAUGUUCUGGACCCUGGUAAAGUUCAUCCGAUUGAUGUUGAAGUUAGGAGACUGGACAUCAAGACAGACACAGAAUCUGAGGACAGUAAGGGUCUACUGGUUAUUGACACAACCUGCGUUGUUGUUAAAAUGGAGCUGAUUCCAUCACCCAAGAAAGAGCAUGUUCACUAUUUACACACUGAACACAGUCCACUUGAUAUUCAGUCGACUGACUCUCCAGAAUUUGUCCAAUCAAACAGUCAGAUUAAUCAGGAUGUGGCAACUGACCAUAACGCAGAAGCAAACCCCUUCCAGGUGGAAGAAAUGCCAGAGACCGAACUAGACUCAGAUCUUACCGAGGAAAAGGCACCCGAGGAAGAAAGUGAAAUCUCCUCCCUUUGCAUGUCCUCAUCUCCAGUUUCUGAAAGGGAAACAUUGGAGGAGCGUGCUGAAAGGAUCCUAGGAAUCCCUCUACAUGACUGUGUUACUAAGCAACAACCUGAAGACGCAACAUCACUUACUGACUCAUGUGUGGAGGACCAGGAGGUUGAACUGUCUCAAAUUAAAGAUAACAACAUUGAUGAUGAUGAUGCAGAUGAACAGAUCCCAGAGGACACAAGAGAAGAGGGAGAGACACAGAAUCAGUUUGAGGCUGGCCAAACUGAUGAGUGUUUGCAAGAGAAUGAUGAUGCCAGAGAUCAGGCAGCAGAUGGAGGCAGUGGGGAUUUUGCAGGAUUUCAGGAUCGGGUGUCUGAAGAGCAUUACACCGAGUCCCAACUCCAAAUUGACGUCAAACCUUCCCUUGAAAUUGAAACGACUGAGGAUCCUCAGCUUAACCUUGCAAGUGAAGAGUGGACAACUGAGCAGGAAGAAAAUGAUAUAUCCUCUCACCAUCCCUCUCAGUGUCACAGUCCAACCACCAACCUCUCAAAUCCUUCUUUGCUUUUACCCGACCCAGACUGUGAAGAACCAAACCCUGCUCUUUCUCUCAUGCUGUCAUCCUCCGAUCUUACACCUCUUAUGCAAAUCCCAGAAUCAAACAUAGAGGAAAGCCCUGAUCCUGAGUUGAUUUCCCUCAGUUGCACAGAAAACCUAGCUCCUCACCCUGAAACCUCAUCUCUGCCUCACACUCCAUCACCUCCUCCCCUUGAAUUUACUGACGCCACUUUAAUUACAGACGAUUCCCCAAGUCCUUCUCCUCUUGGUUUAAUUGAUCAAACUGCAGAAACAGUGUCCGACAUUGAGGACCAGGAUGAAGAAGUUGAAACAUCACAGCCAAUCGACAAUGAGAUCAGUGAUCCCCUUGAGGAACUUGCCAAAGACAUGACAGAGGAGCUGCUGUCAGAGCAACAAUAUGAAAGUGGCCAACCAGAUGAUGAUGAUGCUUGUGUGAAAGAGAACAAUGUCACUGAUGAGCAGCAAACCAAAGAAGUCGAUAAGGAUCCUACAGAUCAUAUUACGGAACAGACCCUUAAGAUACUCCAGGACAAUGCCAUAGAGGUCGACAUUUUGCAGCAACAACUUGAAUGUGUCCAGGCAGAGGAUGUUGCUUGUGUAAUAAAGAGUUAUAUGACUGAAGAGCAGCUACUAAAAGAAGUCAGUGAGGAUCCUACAUGUCAAGAAAAUGUGACUGACAUUCAAACUCAAACAGAGGUCAACAUUUUGCAGCAACAGUCUGAUAAAGGCCAAGAAGAGGAUAUUUGUCUAAAAGAAAGUUCUGUGACUGAGGAGCAAUCACAAACAGAAGCUGAUGCGGGUCCUACAGGUCUUGUGGAACAGACACCAUCCAUAGAAAAUGCUACAGACUCUCAAACUCAAAUAGAGACCGAACUUUUGCAGGACAUUGAACCACAGACUGAACCCUCUGACUCUUCUUCUUUCUUGCCUUUAGUCUGUGAGGUGUCUCAAUCACCUUUCGAUGUGAUCUCACCCUCUGAGCUUCCUUCUCCACCACACGAAUCAAAUGAGCCAGAUGCAGAGUUUGUUUCUCUUUUUGGAAAAGUCUGUCCCUCAGUUUUAAAUCCUGAUUCUGCUCCUGCUGCUGGCAUCUCAGAAGCUGUCCCUCCUCCUCUUCAUGUGGACUCUUGUGAAUCCCUUCAGUUCUCAUCUUCUUCCUGCACUGAUUCGCCCCCAGUCCUGCCCUCCAGCUCUUCGACUCCUCCUCUGCAAGAGGGAAGUGGAAGAAUUGACCCCGACUCACCCCUCAAUGAAGAGCCCCAGUACCCCAAGUCCCUGUGGGAUGCGGUAAAUCGCAUUAGGAAACAUACAGCACCUGACUCUGAGAAUGAGGAGGAGGAAGUGAGUGAGAUGUGGGAUCCAGAGAGUGUAGGGGAGGACUUGGGUUGCCCAGAUGUGGUAGUGGGCAUGAAUUCUGAGAGGACUGUCCCUGAUGGAGCAGGGCAACAGGAGGUUUCAGCUGAAGGAAGUGUUGAGGAUGUAGAGGUUGGCCAAAUACAGCAGGAUCUGUGUCAUGAAGAGCCAAGUGGACAUGCUGAAGAGGACACACUGUCCUGCAGCAGCACCAGCAGCCACAGCUCUGGGGACACCGUUAUUGUAGCAGAUGAGGACGAGGUGGAAGAAACGGCACAUGAUGCCGGAACUGAAAGUAAGACAGGGAAUGAAGGGGAGUUUCAGACAGCUGAGGGAGAGCAAUGCUGCUCUGCUGAAGUAAAAGUUGAGACUGCAGCUAAGGAGGACGGAGACAAUGAUGGAGAUGAGAGCACCACAAAUGAGUCUAGUCAAGGAGAGGAGGUCCCUGCUGAGGCAGCGAAUAUAACAAUUGAGGAUGUGGAAAUGAUGUAAACAGAGCUAACAAAAUGAAGAGGUGGUUUUCAUGUCCUCGGAGGUCUCAGAUGAAGGGAUGACAUUUUGUACAUUUAAUGUAUUUUUUAAUUUCAAUGUAAUCUUAGAGCUUUUAUUUUUGACGGAUAGGUAAUAGUAGUGCAUUUACUGUAGCUAUAGAAAUGGAGGAAUUUGACAGUAAGGAAAUGUAAAAUAUCCAAACUAUGUCUGUUUGACAAUCUAUUUUUGUAAAGCAGAUCUUUUUCUCAGAAUCUAUUUAUCUGCUGUUUCUGGUAGAUGGUAGAUAGUUUAAGGUAAAUAUAUAGCUGCGAAAAUAUAAAAGUGGAUGUAAUAAGAGAUUUGAUUAUUUGGAGUGACUUCAUGGUGUGCUGAUAUUUCUGGCCCAAAUCAAUUGUUCUGUAUUGUAUGUAAAUACAAGGAUUGAGUGCUGUGAAAAGUUCAUCUCAUAUUGUGGUGAUAGCGCUUUGUUUGCUUCUGUUUCCAAGGUCAAAAGUGAACUUUCAUCAUCAACAUUUAGGCUAACAUGGACACAAAGUCCUUAAGUGAAAUGAACAUUUAAGAGUUAGCAAUUUUUUGACAACUGAACAAAGAUUGUGAUCCAACCAAAAGCU